AUGCUUGCUGUCCAAUCCCAGCCAACUGCCCCGCCACUGGAUGCCGCCACCAGCAGCGACUUGCCAAGCGCGCUUCCCUCCACUGUUCUCUCAAGCGAGUCCAUCGCCCGGGCCCUACCCGAUGCGGUGCCGGAGAAUGCUCCCGCACAUUGUCCAGGCACAGACAGUGACCAAGCCGGUCUAGCAUCAGCAUGCCAGGGCUGUCCCAAUCAGAAUGUUUGUGCUUCUACGCCAAAAGGACCGGAUCCUGAUAUCCCCAGGAUCAGGUCUCGCAUGAAGGGCGUGAAGAACAAAAUCUUGAUUAUGAGCGGCAAAGGCGGUGUAGGAAAGAGCACAUUCACCGCACAGCUUGGCUGGACACUCUCCGCCGAAUGCAAGAAGCGCGCCCCUUGGCAGGAGAAGGGAAAAGGGCGCGAGGUUGAGACUGAGCAUGAGGCCGAGCUGUGUCAGACGGGCAUUAUGGACAUUGACAUUUGCGGACCGUCCAUUCCGACGAUCCUUGGCCUCACAUCUGCAAAUGUUCACUCCAGUGCAUCAGGCUGGUCGCCGGUGUACGUCAGCGAUAGCCUCUGCGCCAUGUCCAUCGGCUUCCUCUUGCCGAGCGCCAGCUCGGCAGUCAUCUGGCGAGGGCCAAAGAAGAACGGCAUUAUCAAACAAUUUCUCAUGGAUGUCGACUGGACAGGCGAUCAAGGUGCGGAUGAUGAGGAAGCGGAUGCGAAAGGCAGCGAGAAGUACUCGCUCGAUUACAUGCUCAUCGAUACACCACCUGGUACAUCCGACGAGCACCUUUCCAUCGUCUCCUUCCUCUCACAAGCCUCCACAAUCAAUGGUGCAGUCCUCCUGACAACACCACAGGAAAUUUCUCUCCAGGACGUGCGCAAGGAGAUCUCAUUCUGCCGCAAGAUGUCCAUACCAAUCCUGGGAAUCGUAGAGAACAUGGCCGGCUUCGUCUGCCCGGCCUGCCAUGGCCGCAGCGACAUUUUCUACCCGAGCACGGGCGGAGCAGAAGCGUUGUGCAAGGAGCUCGGGCUCCGUUUUCUUGGUAGCGUGCCACUAGACCCGCGAAUAGGAAAAUGCUGCGAUAUGGGCACGAGCUUUGUCGAAAGUUUUCCGGAUAGUCCUGCGAGUGUCGCCUAUAGAAACAUCAUCGAUAAAAUCCAAGAGCUAGUUCCAUAG